GCUGUCAAAGAGCGCUCAGUCUGCAGCGGAGGCACAAGCAGGACCUGUCUCUGUUUGCCUCAUCUGCCGCAGCAGCACAGGUCCAAACCUUAACAUUUAAAGGACAUACAAGGGCUUUCUGUUUCUGCUCGGCUACAAGAGCUGCCAGACAAGGAAGUGAAGAGAUCAAAUAUCAACUAAACCUGAGCUGUCUAUUCUGUUUCUCCUCUAUUUCCUCCUUCCUGUUCUUUGUUUUCGACCAGCAGAAUCCCUGACAAAGCAGCUCAUCAUCACAACAACAGCCUCUGAAGACAUCGUGAGGAUAUUUUGCAAAAAACCUUCGAUCUCAAUGCGACACACUAGGACUAGUCCUCUGGGGAUCUGCAGUGUGUGACUGAGUGUGUGCGUGUCCCUACCACAUAGGGCCCCCACCACAUUGUGUGUCCGUGUGUGAGCAGGCUAAUGCUCGCGGUAGUGUGGUCAGGGCCAGAGGAGGAUGAGUCCGGCUGUGGAGGCUCAGGCCCAGGAGGCCAUGGAUGCAGAGCAAAAGCAAAAGCAGCAGCAGCAGCAGCAGAACCAGCUGAAGAACCAGCUGCAACACCAACAGUGCUACAUGGAGAAAGGGGUGAUGCUUGAGCCCUUCGUGCACCAGGUGGGGGGACAUUCCUGUGUUCUGCGUUUUGGGGAGCAAACCAUCUGCAAGCCCCUCAUUCCCCGUGAACAUCAGUUCUACAAGAGUCUGCCUGCUGCAAUGAGGAAGUUUACCCCACAGUACAGAGGUGUGGUGUCAGUAAGCUUUGAGGAGGAUGAAGAAGGGAAUCUUUGCCUAAUCGCCUACCCGCUCCACAGUGAUCCAGCAGCAGAUCUAGAGAACAAGGACCACUCAACAGACUGUGAGCCCAAGAGUAAGAUGCUCAAGUGGGGGAAAAUGAUGGCAUCCUCACUGCUCGUGGACAGUGAAAAUUACAGCAAAGAUGGCCGAAUCCGCCACUCUCGCAAAGACAAGGACAAGAGUGUUCACAUGCUGCCUGAGGACAUGGAGCUGGAGUGGCUGCAGCAGGCCGAGGUGCUGUAUUAUCGACUGGAGCACAGUCACAGUAACGCCGUCCCACAGCUCAAACACAACCCCUGGAGCCUCAAGUGUCACCAGCAGCACCUGCAGAGGAUGAAAGAGAAUGCGAAGCACCGCAACCAGUACAAAUUCAUCCUGCUAGAGAACCUAACCUGGCAGCACACUGUGCCAUGUGUGUUGGAUCUGAAGAUGGGCACACGGCAGCAUGGAGACGAUGCUUCAGAGGAGAAGAAGGCCGUGCAGAUCCGCAAGUGUCAGCAGAGCACAUCAGCCUCGAUAGGAGUCCGCCUCUGUGGCAUGCAGGUGUACCAAUCUGACACAGGCCAGCUGAUGUUUAUGAACAAGUAUCAUGGCCGCAAAUUGACCCUGCCGGGCUUCAAGGAGGCUCUGUUCCAGUUCUUCCACAGCGGACGGCGUCUAAGACGUGAACUGCUCUCCCCGGUGCUGAGCAGACUCAGAGACAUGCAAGCCGCCUUGGAAGGAUGCGAAUCGUACCGUUUCUACUCCAGUUCCCUCCUCAUCAUCUAUGAUGGAUCACCACACAGGAAACACACACGCCGACGCACUGAAGACGGACUUUCUGAAGAGGAUGAGGAUGAUGAGGAGGACGAGGAGGUGGAAGCUGAACCAGAAAUGGAGGAGGAAGAGGAAGAGGAGGAGGACGGUGAAGUUGCAGGUGCACUUGGUUUUCCACACAGCCCCUCCACAUCAAGCGAUGGCAGCAGCAGUUGCUCCAGCAGUAGCAGCAGUGCCGGGAGCUCAGGUAUGAGCCAGGCUCGUCUGUCCCGCUCAGACUCCCGCAGCCCUGUGGUGGAUGUCAGGAUGAUAGACUUUGCCCACACCACUUGCAGACAUUACCGGGAGGACAGUGUGGUUCAUGAGGGCCAGGACAGCGGCUACAUAUUUGGUCUCCAGAACCUGAUCACCAUCAUCUCCGAGCUGGAGAACCACAGCACAGACUGAAGACACACAUCAAGUCAAACACAGAGACACAAUAGCACACUCUCUGACCCUUGGAGGAACAGAGGAGGGAAGGACUACACAGAGAUUUCUAAUCUCGUCUUCAAAAUUGGACCUUGUUGUAGCUGGUCUUUUCAUUGGACCCCCUUCCUGUUUCUGCCAUUGGUGCUUUUUGAUGUUGUGUACGUCCGUCUUCGGGAUAUGAAGCAAACCUGCAAGUAACAUAGAAGAGCCAUCUGUGUGAAUGAUGCAGUGAUUUACCCGUUGUCAUCCUUCUGUGUUAACCCACCUAACCAUGAAGAUGAAGGGUAGGCAGCAAAUAAAAGCAGUUUGAAGUGUCAGAGAGUAGAGACGUUUUCCUUGUGUCUGAUUUCCAAAGAAGGUGUCGUCAUUUUGCACACAUGAACAUGCACUUCAAGACUCUGCUGAGUGAGUGUGUGUUUAGACUGAGACAGGGCUAUCAAAGAGAGUGGAGCUGUAUGAGGACGAGAGCCACUGAGCUCACACCCUUCAUUCUUCUCUUUCGCCGGUUGAUUCUACCAUCCUUCUCCCCCUGCUCAUCUUCACUCAGAGACUAUAUUCAUAUAGGUGUCAGAGACAGAUGAUAUAGAGCCAUUUAUUUAUUUGACAUGUUUCAUAAAAUAAACUAAAAGUUCAAAAAAGAAUGUGAAUGGAGAGUAGUACAUUCCAUGUUAUUAAUGUUACAAUAAUGAUAUUAAUUAAUAUUGUUAUUUGACAUGUUUGGAUACCUCUAUCUUGUAUAUCUGUGUUGUCCACAGUUUGUUGGAGGAGAAAUUAAAGAUGUUGGUUUGUGUAA